GGGGGCAUGCACAUAGUAAUAAUACAAAUAAUAAUAAUGAUGAUAAAUGCAUUGAGGAAAGCCUUCGACACAAGCCUCCGUCGUUUCCAGCCCCCAGCCGUGUUGUGAUGGAGUGGUGCGUUUAGGUUCAUGUGUCCGACCGGCGGCUCUGCCCCUGGCUUUUUUUCUGGGGGACAUCAUAUUGGAUCAUAUUGUUUGCAGGACGUUGUUCCUCCUGCAGCCCCCCCAGUCUAUCCCGACGUAGUUGUGAAUUGAACAUGGCGACUGUAGCAGUAUAUUGCAUCUGCAGAUUACCUUACGACGUGACCCAGUUUAUGAUCGAGUGCGAUGCUUGCAAGGACUGGUUCCACGGCAGCUGUGUUGAGGUGGAUGAAGAUGACGCUCCAGAUAUUGACAUAUAUCACUGUCCAAACUGUGAGAAGAACCACGGCAAAUCCACCUUGAAAAAGAAAAAGAACUGGAGCAAACAUGACACAGGACAAAGCACAGAUAUCAAAGCUGUUCAGAACGGCAGCCAGGUUUUCAUAAAGGAGCUGCGCAGCAGGACCUUUCCAAGUGCUGAUGAUGUUGUGGUGAAGCUGAGCGGCGGUCAGCUGACCAUGGAUUACCUUGAGGACGGGGGCUUCAACGAGCCCCUCCUGGUUCUGAAGAAGGAGGGUCUGGGCCUGAACGUGCCCCCCCCCACCUUCUACAUCAGUGAUGUGGAGAACUACGUUGGUCCAGAUGUGGGUGUGGACGUGGUUGACGUCACCAAACAGACCGACAGCAAGAUGAAGCUCAAAGAGUUUGUAGAUUUUUACUACAGCACAAACAGAAAGAAAGUGUUGAAUGUCAUCAACUUGGAGUUCUCUGACACAAGGAUGAAUACUAUGGUUGAAAGUCCACACAUUGUACGUCAGUUGUCCUGGGUAGAAAACUACUGGCCUGAUGAUGCUCUGCUUGGGAAGCCAAAAGUCACAAAAUACUGUCUGAUCUGUGUCAAAGACAGCUACACAGACUUCCACAUCGAGUGUGGUGGCGCCUCCGUCUGGUACCACGUCCUGAAGGGGGAGAAGAUCUUCUUUCUCAUCAAGCCCACCUCUGCCAACCUGUCUCUGUACGAGCGCUGGAGGUCGUCGUCCAAUCACAGCGAGAUGUUCUUUGCCGACCAGGUGGACAAGUGUUACAAAUGCACUCUGAAGCAAGGGCAGACGCUGUUCAUCCCAUCAGGUUGGAUCAAUGCCAUCCUGACCCCGGUGGACUGCCUGGCGUUCUCGGGACACUUCGUUCACAACCUGAGUGUGGAGAUGCAGAUGAGAGCGUAUGAAAUAGAGAAACGGCUAAAGGUCAAAACUCUCACCCCCUUCCCCAACUUCGAGACGGCGUGCUGGUAUGUCGGACGACAUCUCCUCGAGCGAUUCAAGGGUUUACAUAAAGCAAAUAAGCAACCAGCCCCAUACCUAAUACAUGGUGCCAAAAUCAUUAACGGAGCCUUCAGAGCUUGGACUAAGAAACAGGCCCUAUUAGAACACGAAGAUGAGCUUCCAGAGAACAUGAAACCAUCACAGCUCAUCAAAGAUCUUGCAAAAGAGAUCCGACUCUCAGAGAAUGCAACAAAAGCUAUUAAGAGUGAGCCCAGCAUCAAGGUUCCAGUGGAGGAACCCCCAUCCACACACUCGGAUCCUGAAGAGCCUGAAGAGCCCGUCUCACCGGCCCAUGUCCCCUCGCCCAGCAGAGAGAAGGCCAGAAAGAAAGCUUUCAAACCCCCCAAGCCUCCGAAGCCUCCCAAACCCCCCAAGAUGCCUAAGGCCCCCAAGCCUCCAAAGGUGCCCAAGGUCAAGGAAGGAGGAAAGAAGAAAGCGAAGAAAUUGCAAGAGUCGUCGUCGUCGUCGCCGCCUCCCAAACCCUCCAGCUUUGCAGCUCUUGAGUCCCAUGCCAAAGACAUCUUGAGCAAAAUGGACCAGCCGAAAAAGACGAAGGCUGUGAAAAACGUCCUGAGUAUAUCAGAGAAGGAAAUAUCAAAGCAGAACAACGCAGAAAAGUUUGAAUUCAGAGAGCAGAAUAAAAACAAGACUGAAGCAAAAUGGAAGUAUAAGAAUAGUAAACCAGAUUCCCUGCUGAAAAUGGAAGAAGAUUGCAAAUUUGACAGAACACCACUGUCAGGCAAUAAAGACAGAUUCAGCUUCACCAUGUCUCACAAGAAGACGCUGGGCUCCAAGAUGCUGAAACCUCAGACCAACUCAAGUGUUUUUGGAUCAUUACAAAACCUAAAAGAGGACAAAUCCAAGCCGGUGAGAGACGAGUACGAGUACGUCUCGGAUGAGGGGGAGCUGAAGAUUGACGAGUUCCCCAUCAGGCGGAAAAAGAACGCGGUCAAGAGAGAUCUGUCCUUUUUGUCGGACAUUAAAGAACCCAUUCAACCAGCCAAGAAACCAAAGUUUCAGCCCUUGGUGAAACCGAGUGUGGACUCUUCAGAUGAAGAGACUCUGCACAUAGACACAGAGGCCAAGCCUGAGGUGAAGAGUCGCAACUCUAAGGUCAAGAAAAAGGGCGGAAGCGCUGCAGGGAUUCUUGACCUACUGCAGGCGAGCAAGCAAGUGGGAGGGAUUGACUACAGCACCAACAGUCAGCCACCUGCAUCUCCCAGCACACAGGAGGCCAUUCAGGGCAUGCUGUCCAUGGCCAACCUGUCGUCUUCAGACAGCCUGCAGCAACCGUGGAGCAGCCAGUCCAAGAGCAACUCUCACAGCACGCCGGCCGGCAGGAAGGCGGGCGGGGGGGCGGGCGGUGGCAACAGCAAGCGACCCACCAAACGGCUUCCUAAGAAACCCAGGAAAAGCAGCAGCAUUGAGAGUUUGGAUUACGAUGACGACCAGGACCACAUGGACGCGUGUUUCAAGGACUCUGAUUAUGUUUAUCCCUCGUUGGAGUCUGAAGAGGAUAAUCCGGUUUUCAAAUCCAGAUCAAAAAAACGAAAAAGCAGUGACGACACUCCCUACAGCCCGACAGCGCGGGUAGGACCCUCGGUUCCUCGGCAGGAGAGGCCGGCGAGAGACGGGGCGCGCGUGGCCUCCAUAGAGACGGGGCUGGCUGCAGCUGCAGCAAAGCUUUCUCAUCAGGAGGAGCAGCAGAAAAGUAAGAAGAAGAAGAAAAGCACCAAAAAGAAGGCAAUAGUAAUAGAGGAGCCACCGAAAGCGUCUCAGGACAGCAGCUCGCCGGAGCACAAUGUGGACGACGGCAGCCUGACGGACCCUGAGUUCAACACAGGAACAGUAAAGUCGCCGGGGGGGCCACAGCCCAUGGCGCCCGGCGUUUUUCUGAGCCAAAGGCGACCUUCGAUUUCUUCUCCCAACAACAGCAGCAACCCCAUGAGCACCACAAGCAGCAGCAUGGCCAAGGUGGAGCGUGUGGUGUCAGCAGACGCCAAAGCGAAGCGGCUAAAGAAAGGCAUGGCAACAGCCAAACAGAGACUUGGAAAGAUUUUAAAGAUCCAUCGGAAUGGAAAGCUCCUCCUGUAGCAUGCAGCAGAACGCUGCUGCCGGACUGGGACUCCAUCCGGACCCCCCCCCCCCCCAAGAUCAUGCAUUUUUCAAUUUCUAUGAAGAACAUCACUCAAAUAGGUUUUUGCCUCUACUUAUACUUUAUAACUUUCAGAUAUUAAGAUGUACAGAACCUACUAUAAAUAUUUUUUAAGAGAACAUGUCUCAUUUUACUACAGCUGUCAGUUUAUCAGGGGUUGCAAACAGAUGAAGUAAAAAUACAUUGCAGUCAUUCCAGGAUUUGAAAGUAUCCCUUGCAUGUAUUAAGUUGCAUGUGCGCUUGAGGCAGGGUAUGGGGAUUUGACUCAAUCAUUUCUCCUAUAUGGAUGCAGCUUAUCAUUGCCACACUGAUGAUUGCGCCCAACCCCCCCACCCCCCUGCAGUUUUCUCUUUAUGUUAACACUUAAGUAUUUAUUGGAUUGGAGUCAUAGACAGGAAGCCUACUUCAACUGUAAAGCACAAGUGUCUGGACAUGAAAAGCAUAGGAUGUGCGACAGUAGGUGGCGCUGUAGCCAAUGAUAAGCCUCAUCUAUGUCAGGUGUGCAGUCACAUGGGGAUACUUUCUCUCUUCUCUUGAUUUCCCAGGCAGCACCUUCACAAAGUACAGUUUAUAGAAUGUAGCUUGUACAUAACCUGUUAAAUGACUGCUUUUCUAUCCUUCCUUUCCCUUAAGGCUUCAUUCUACAUUUCCACCACAUUUCUUUUGUUUUAAUUUGCUUUACUUAGAUUUGUAUUAACAUUUUUAAAGGCAGAAAUUCAUUUUGAACCCCCAUUAGAUUUAAAGGUGUUGUCUGGAAAACAACUGAAGAAAUAAUACAUUGUAUUGUCAUAUGGCCUUACAUACACAAAGCUAAUUGUAUUGUGAUUCUGUUUGAACAAGAGACACAGCUUGGAGGACAUUGAUAUAACAGGAAAAAAGGAAACUGUGUUUCUGCGACCAGCCUCUUGUUCCACUUGUAGUAUCAUGAAGGCUUUCGGAAUUAUUUUACUAGCACCUUGUGAAGUGUUUAUGUGUCAGUGAUGUAAUUUAUUAAUGUUUGUAGCUUUUUAUACUUGUAAAAUUCUUAAGAAUAUUCUUUUUAAUUAUUUCAUCAACUUGUGAAAUUUCCCUUAGCAGACAGUUGUUGUUUUUCCUUCUUCUUUUCCUUUCCUUUUCUAGGAUGCGUGUGUGUUAGGGGACAUCAGGAAAAUUGUACACACGAGAAUCUCCAUUAGCACACAUUUUUAUCUCCAUACUGUCUUCUCUUAAUGUCAAUGUUAUGAUAGGAAACAUGUCCAAUGUGUUAUUAUUCUUAUUGGUAAUAUUCCAGUUAUAGUCACACCCUUUUCUUCUGGUCAGGCCAUGUUCAGUGUAAUGCGCUGUAUACUGUAUAGCAGCAAUGUUUUAGUCACACAUUUACUCCAUGCGUCCACUUCUCACAGAUGAGAUGCGCUCCCAUCGAACUUUCAGCGGGGCAUAUUUUCAGGUUUUUAUUUGUACAAUAUUUGUGUUGUUUUGUUGUGAUUUAUUUUUGUAUGUCCGACCUAUUAAAUGCAUCCGCUGUGCCAGACAGUGGAUCAUACCUGUUGUAGCUGUCUUCCCUUACUGUUAUUUGCAGUACUAGUAAGUAUUUACAAUCCUUUUUGACCUGAAUCUAUAUUUUUCUGUAUUUAGACUAUUCUGUUUGAGAUCAUUGCUCACUUUUUUAAGACAUCGAGAAAUCCUGAAGAACAAACAUAUUGUUGUUAAUGAUAUGAUUGUCCGCCUUGUUUACUUUUGCAAUACAGUUACUGUGUAAAACC